AGGAGACAAAGGAAGUUUCCUCACCCCUCUCUACCCCAUUAUUUCGACCGGUACAUUCAAGGAAGAGAGGAGAACCUCUGCAAGGUCAUAAUCCUCCAUUUUUGAAGCAAGCUCAAACCAAGGAAGUUCCAAGGAAGAAGGAAGAGUGAGAAAAUAAGAGAAACACUUAGAAAAUCAAGGAAUUUUACCAAGGUAUUCUAGACUUCUUAAAGAAUCUAGGAGUGACCGGAAAAGUCACCGGAGCCGCAGGAGUUUUCGCCGGAAAAUUCCAAAAGUCGUUGGAGUUCAAACGAAGAGGAUAAAGCUUGCUAUCGUCAUUUCGAGCACCAAACCCAGAUCUACCUAUGGAUGACAGCAGAGUUAUCGCAGCCGGUGGGGCCUGUAAGCGGAAAAAAUCCCGGAAGAACCCCCAACCUACUCCCACCAUUAUUCCCGCUCAGGAAGCUGCCCCUUCUGAACCGCUUCCAGAGCCUCAGCCAAUACAGCAUGUCCACCAGGACCAAUUCGAGGCCAUGCUGGUCGACGACUGGUUCGGCUCUGACCAACUACACCAAUUUUCUCAGCAUUUCGACUCCGUUCGGGGGGAACCCUCGAAUGCUGGUGAGACCCAUACCGACCAUAUUACAGGUCAGGUCGAGCGGAUCUCCCUAUCCGACCCUGUCCAUGAGGUAUUAGAGAGGGCCGGCUCUACCGCGAGCCAGAUCUGGUCGACCUCCUCUUGGUUCAACAACUUUUCCCUUCCUCAGUUGGCGGUCGAGCAAUCUGAAGAAUGUCUGGCUCUGACUGCUCUGAAGAUGGGUUUGUACACCCUUCAGAUGCGGGAGGCCCGUCUGGCCAAGGAGCGGGAACUGAUUGUUGCCCAGUCUUCUGCUGAGCAACAUGCUGCUGCCGCCAUCGCCUCUCUGGAGGCCGAACGGAAAGCCUUUGCGGAGGAAAAGCAGAGGCUGGAUGCUGAGCUCGGUACCCUUCAGGUCCAACUCGCAGCUUCCCAGGCGAAGGUCCUUGCUGUUGAGGCCGCACAGGUCAAAUUCGAAGAAAUGCCAUCCAGCAUCCCGGACGGUCCCUAUGAAGUGAACGUGGAUCUGUCCGCCGUCCGGGACACGUUUAAAUCCUCUGAUGAAUUCUCCAUCAUCAAGGAUGAUCAUGCAAGGGCCCAAAUCUCGUUCGCCUUUGGGGCGUACUUGAAGGGUUUCCCCAAAGGCGCUGGUCGGCUAUCGGCAGGGGUGGCCCUCUUGGAUAAGGACCCCGAGGCCAAAAAAUGGAACGACUCCAUUGUCUCAGACCUUUAUGGCAAAAUUGGCCAGGUCUUGCUGCGUCCCUUCUUUACUCAGCUUCAAAAUCAUCUGGGGAGGCCGGUUCAGGCUUCUGAUCUCCCCACAGACGACAUUAUCCAGACUCAGUUUGAGAAAUUCCUGCGAGCUCAGCAAAGGGAAGCCGAUCGGGCUGCUGGGAGAGAGCCUGAGCCCCUGUCUGAUGAUGAUGAAGACGAGGACGAAGGGGGAGAUGAAAUGGCCCCUAGCCAAUAAUUUAUAUGUACUUUUUCAUUACUUGUUGUAAUUUUCUUUUUCUCUAAAUAGCUUGUACUUCCCGGUCAGUAGAACCGAUGAAUAUAUAUCCCUUUUUUGCCUGAA